AUGGUCGUCCCGUCUUCAGCCUCAGGCACUCCAGGAGCCCCUUCAGACGACGGUGUCCAGGUCGGUCAGAGGAUAGCUGGCACCAGCCCCAUUAAGCCCUACGUUGAGAACUUGACUAGACUAUGUGAUUCUUCCCUCAAGUCUUCGCCUAAUUUUCGCUUAUCCGCUACCAAUGUUACCACCUGUAUAGUCCUGGGGACCUCGGUUCGAAUCGUCGGCUUUCCUGAAGUAGAAAGAGGGGACACGCGCAACUACGUACGGACUAGCCAAUCUUACACCCUUCAGUACCUUACCCUUCAAGCGGUCCAUGGUGCGGACGCGAUGGUUAUCCGCAUGUGGGCGUAA